UUUGAAGUUCGUCGGUGUGACAGGUUCGCGUCCGCUGGUGGCGACAAACUAACAAAUGCUGCUGGAUUAACAUAAAAAAAAAACAACAAAGAAAGCCUCCCACAUUGUACGAUAAAGAUAGCGUUAGCUUCAGUUAACGUAUUUAUCCUUUAAAUGUCGGUGUUUAAUCUCAUCUUUUUCCGUCGGACAGACAGCUUUUAACGGUUGAAAUCGGUUCUGCUCGUAAACGCAGCAGAGAAGCGCACGUGGAGGGACAGACGCAGUGUGAGCCAGACUUCCUCGCGAGUUAGAGAGAGAGAGAGAGAGAGAGACAGAGAGAGAGAGAGACAGGAAGAAGUGUUAAAAAAAAAAAAAAGAUAAAACGGAUAUAAGACAAUGACCCACGCUUCUCCUCCUCGACUUUAACUUCAUUUUUAUAUGCGACACAUGAGACCCAGCAGUUUAUAGUGGCCGCUCUGGGGUUUUCUUUUUGAGGGGGGGUGGAGGAUUACUCGGUGCGCCGUUUUGCGACUUUUAUCUGCAGCGAGUGGAUACUUCAGGGUCUGAAAGGGAAGACAUGGGGACUCAGGGCACAGGACGGAAAAGGUCUACCAAGAAGGAGAGGUCGACGGCGGAGGAUGAUGCCCUGAAUCUCAUAGCGAGAGAGGCCGAGGCCAGGCUGGCAGCGAAGAGGGCAGCGAGGGCAGAGGCCAGAGAGAUCCGCAUGAAGGAGCUGGAGAGACAACAGAAAGAGAUCUUUCAGGUGCAGAAGAAAUAUUAUGGCUUGGACACCAAAUUAGAUGACCGAGGGGACAGCAAAUGGGGAGAUAUUGAACAAUGGAUGGAGGACAGUGAGAGAUACUCACGUUCUUCACGGAUACACACGCUCUCAGACGACGAUGAGCGGAUGUCAGUGGGAAGCCGGGGCAGUGUCAGGUCGGAUCUUGACGCCGUUGGGGCUUACGGUGGAGGGGGCUCCUCCUCACUCUCACUUAAGAAGUCAAAGAAAAAGAAGAAACAUAAGCACAAAGACAAAGACAGGAACGGCUGUGAUGAUGAUGAUUACAGUGUAAUGUCCAGCAGGAGCUCCAGACUCAGUGAUGAAAGCAGAGUGUCUCGCUCCUCCAGACUAGACCUAACGAGCUCCAGACUAAGUGAUGACAGCCGGGUGUCUCGUGCCUCCAGAUUAGACCUGCAGCCGGCUCCGUACGCUUCCUCUGACUUGUACAACUUCAAUGGUCUGUCCUCUUCCAGAAACCAGGGUUCAGCUUUCAAUGGUUACCAGAGCUCCUUAUAUGAAGACAGCCUUGGCACUGGGUCACGGCGAGCCGCUGGUCCCACCUCUCACCCUUUAGAGUACACUAGUUAUCGCAGCUCCGGCUCCAGAGCCUCCUCCAGAGCCAGUUCGGCCCGCGCCAGCCCAGUGGACAACUGCGGGUCUGUUGCCAGCUUUUUGAGGAGUGCGGCCAGUAGCAGUGGCAUCCCCCGAGACCUGGACGAUGUUACUAUUCCUGACUUUUCUGACGUGAGUCGCUUUGCACCGGCAGGACGCCGAGGCUGUGAUGUGGAGGACAGAGAUUAUCUUGAGAAGGGAUCUCGAGCAGCUUCUGCCUUAACAGCAGGAACCCUUACGUCUUUAGGUGGGACUUCCUCGCGGAGAGGAAGUGGCGAGACGGCUAUAACUGUAGACGCAGAGGCCUCUAUACGAGAAAUUAAGGAGAUUCACGAACUGAAGGAUCAGAUUCAAGAUGUGGAAACCAAGUACACGCAGAACCUAAAAGAAGCCAAGGAUGCAUUAGCAGAGGUGGAGGAGAAGUAUCGUAAGGCCAUGGUGUCCAACGCCCAGCUGGAUAACGAGAAAAACAACCUCAUGUACCAGGUGGACACACUCAAGGACUCGCUCAUGGAGCUGGAGGAGCUGCUGUCUGAGUCGCGCCGGGACUAUGAGGAGAAAGUCAAGGAACACGAGCGAGAGAAACAUGCCCACAGCGUGCUUCAGUUCCAGUUCAGUGAAAUGAAGGAGAUGCUAAAGCAAAGUGAAGAGCUGCUAAAUGACAUCCGUCAGCUGCGGAUCAAACAGGAAGGUUUUGUCAGAGAAAUAGCGGACCUGCAGGAGACGGUGGAGUGGAAGGAUAAAAAAAUUGGGGCCUUAGAGCGACAGAAAGAAUACACAGAUGCAAUCCGAAUUGAGCGAGAUGACCUCAGAGAAGAGGUUGUGAAGCUGAAAGACAUUCUGAAGAAACAUGGAAUAGUAUUAGGACCUGAUCUAAACAUCAAUGGAGAAAUUGGUGAGGCCGAAGUUGACGGGUCCCCCAGUGCAGACCCUGCUUCCCAACCGGCUCCGGAUUCACAGACCUCCCCUGUGGAGGGGAACAGCAUGCUCGGCAACACACAGAAGACUCAGUCUAGAAGUAACGGAGAGGAAGAGGUGGAUCCGGAACAGCGUCAAGAAAUGUUUGAGGAAGCCAAAGAGAAUCACUUGAGCUCUGAUGCACUCUGUAAUGUUGCCAGCGUGGCCACAAUCGAAACACCUAGCGAAGAACAGCCAACAGAAGAACAACAGACAUGCUUAGCCACAGAAGAAGACAGUGUUGACGGAAGUGGCCCCAGCAAUGACUUACAUGUUGACAUUAAUGAGGGUUCAAUCACAGAAGCCAAAGAUAUAAUCAUUUGCAGUUCUGAGCCUCAAGGGAUUGUAACAAGUUCUGAGGAAAAUGUUCCAGAAACAGAAACGCCUGAGGGGAGAGAUUUAGGAGAGACAAGUAAUUCAGAUUUAGGGGAGAGCGAAACUAAAAGCAGUAAUGUCAAUACCCACAGUGAUGAUAUUAGAGAGUCAUGUAAUGACAUUUUUGAAGAGCAAGGAAACAAACAGGAAGAUGUUGACGAAAGUAAUUUGAGAAAUACAGAAUCAUGUCAUCAGCAAAAAGUCACCCAAGAUAUUAUGAAAGAAAGUUUACCUGAUGAGUCCGUCCCAGCUGUAUCAAACACUGAACCUCAACAAGAGCCUGAGAAUGCUGAAGAGGCAGAUAAUGAUGAGGCAGAGGAAAUAUCAAGUAAACCUCAGCCUCAGGGUACUACUGCUUCAGGCAAAAAGAAGAGAAAGAAGAAGAAAGGUAAAAAGAAAGGAGGAGCACAUGAGGUUAAGAACCAACAAAAAGAUGGAAAAGAUAAAGAAAAUGGCAAAACAGAAAAAGACUUGGAAAAAGAAUCAGCUACAAGAGGUAAUGGGCCAACGACAAAACCUGACCUUGCUGAUUCUGUCACUGAAACCCUCAAAGAAACAAGGGUGGAUCAAGUUAAAAAUGAGCAGGACAAGCAAGAAACUGAGAAGGUAGAUCAAGUAGAAGCGGUGAAACCCACUGAAACCUUUUCUCACAAUGAAACUCUAAAAGAACCAAUAAUGGAUCAUGUUAGAGAUGAGCAUGACAAAGAACAAAUUUUGGAAACGAACAACGCAAUUGAAGUAGAAGCCAUGACAACUACUGAAACCGUUUCUCACAUUGAAAUUCCCAAGGAAAUAACAGUGGAUCAUGUUACGGAUGAACAGAAAGAGGAACAAACUUUGGAAGCUGAAACAGUAGAAGCAGUGGAGGCAUUGGCUCCCUCUGAAACCUUUUCUCACGAUGAAACUCUCAAGGAACCCAGUAUAGAUCCCAAAAAGGAUGAGCAAGACAAGGAACAAACUUUGGAAGCUGUAACAGUAGAAGUGGUGGAGGCAGUUGCACCCACAGAAACCUUUUCUUGCACUGGAACUCUCAAGGAAUCCAGUACAGAUGCCAAAAAGGAUGAGCAAGACGAGGAACAAACUUUAGAAACCGAGAAAGCAGAAGAUAUGGAACCUAUAACAAGUCCUGUUUCAGAGACCAAUCUCAGUACUUCUGACGUUAUUGACGACAAAGUUGCUGAGAACACUGAUGGUUUUGAUAAAGUGUGUACUUCCAGUGAAGAGAACUCUAAAAGUGGAACAGACAUCUCAACUAAUGGCAAUGUCAUCCACACUGAGUCAGCUAUUGUUGAUAGUGCAGAGGUUGAAGGGUCUGUUGAGGAGAUGAAAUCUGAAUGCAAAACUUACCCUGAAAGCAUCGGUAAGGAAAACACUGAAGCUGAAUCACAUGUUCCAAGCGAUGAUGACAUUGCUGCCGGUGAAUCUGAAUCCUCAAACAAUUCUGAGAGUAUGGAUAACACACCGGCGACUAAUGAAGAUGGUCUCAAGAGCUUGUCUGGCUCAGAGCUGCCUUCUGAGCUGUCUGCAUCCGUGAACUCAGUCAGUGACAACACUCCCAUCAAGAACUCUGAUCCUGAUCCUGAGGAGGCAACUGAGAUUGUCAAAGAUGAAGAGGAGCCAGGAGCAGAUACCAAACAAGAAUCCCUUUUACCCAGUCAUGAUGGGGAUAAUACAGAGCUAAAACUGGACAGAACAGAAAAGGAGAAGUUGAACGGAGACUUGAGGGAACCUGAAAGUGUAGCUGAGCCAGACACCUCCUCACAGGAAGAAAAAAGUGACAGUGCUUCAUUAACGAAAAACAGUGAUCAACUUGACACUGAAAAGAGUCUGUUGGCAACGCAGUCCGAACAAUUGGAUGAGGUAGAAAGCCAGCCAGAUAAUCAGAUUGCUGAAUCAAAGGCUGAAGUGUCUGAAACAGAGAUCAAUACCAUUGACAUGGUAAACACACCAGACUCUCCAAAAGAAGCUACUGAAAUUGGGCAUUCUGUCGAGCAGGACCACAGUACUGAAGAAUCAGCUGUCGCAGAAGAUCCAGAACAUAAAAACAGUCAAAAUGACCAGCAAAGUGAGACACAUGUUUGUCCUUUGGAAGAAACCAGCAAAGACAAAGCUGAGGAUAAUGAUUCUUCUCAACCCACCCUGCAGGAAAGUAAUGAAGAGGAUGGGGAAGAUGAGGAAGGGCAGUCUUUUGAUUUUGAUGACAUGGAUGUGGAGGUGGCUAUAGAGACAAAUCUCCCUGAACAGGAAGAAGUUGAGGAGGGAGUUGAAGUCAUGUCAGACGAAUGCAUCAGUGGUAGUUCAGAUCUGAACCAAAGUAAUACAGAGUCAAAUGAAAAUACACAAGACAAGCCAGUUGAAAACAAUGACGAGAAGUGUACAGUUGAUGGGGGCAAGCAGGCAGAUACACUAGAUAAAAAGACAGAUUCUGUGCUUCAUGUGGAAGCCACAUCUGAAAAUAAAAAUGUGUGUGAAAAGCAGAAAAACUCACCUGAGGAGGAAGUAGCAGAUGAGCCCAGGCACAUUAAAGAGGAGGGCAAGGUGUUGAAUGUCGGAGAUUCGGGUGUUGCUGCAGAGAACAUUAAUCAGGCAACGUCUUUACCUGUAGAGGAAGGGUUAGAUGCCAUUGAGCAUGACUUGCAGGGUGAAGGUUUGGUUUUACCAAAGAGUGCAGACCAAAUGGCCAGCACUAAAGAGCCACCGCAGACAGGGAAAGACAUGAAGAAGAACGGCAAGAAAGGCAAAGCCAAGGGCAAAGAGGACUGUAAGAUGUCUUAGCUUAUAGAUGGUAUAUAAUACACAUAUAUCUCAUGAUUUUCCCCUCACUAGUAUUUGCUUAGCUGUUUACAAAGUGGUAGAAAACAUAUGUGCAGAACCUUAGAACACUUUCCUUCACAAAUGAAUAUUGGUGUAAGUAUGUAUAUUCUUCUAAUUAAUCCAUAUGAACAGUCCAAGGACCAAACAUGAGUAGUCAUUGAGGUCAUAUUAUGUGCAAAAAAUAAUAUUUGGGUGAAAUGAGAAUAUAGACAGUUGGUAACAGUGGAUUUUUACUAUUGGACAAUAUUGCACUUGCUAUAUUUUGUUAUUGAUUAUCACGCUGCUUGUAAUGUGUCUUGGUUAAUAUUGCUCUGCAGAUGUAUCACAUUUUCUCAUGCUGCAAUCACCAAAACUCAUUCAUGUAUUCAUUUCAGGUGUCAAAUUAAAAAACACAAAUGUUAACUGGUAAUACUUUUACAUGUUCUGGCUGUAAUGUUGAUGGUUAAAAAGGAAAAAAAGACCCUGUUCUGUUCUCUGGGAUUAAUAAGACAAUUGUCUUCUUUUUGACUUAAAGACAUUUCCAUCCGUAAGGAGUCUGAAUUUGAAUUCUAAAGCACAGAAAAUAUAUGAUUAAUGUCUGUUUGCAUUUUGUUGCACUUUGGAAAAGAUGAAUGUGGUGCAUCUACACUGAAAUGCCAAUAAAUACUGCUGUUACCACUUUUGAAA